AGUGUGGCAUUGAUGUCACAGAAGCAUCAGUGUACUCAGGAGUGUGUACUCAGAUCUUCAGAGAGGAGGCUGGGCUGUACCAGGGGAAGGUGUUCAGCUUUGUGCAUCUGAGCAUUCAGGAGUUUCUUGCAGCUUUAUAUGUGUUCCUGCGCUUCAGCAACAAAGAGAGAAACAUGCCUGACCAACAGCAAACCUCUCAGCUCUCUGCUCUGUUCAGAGCUGCAACACUUCAUGACCUACACAAGACUGCAGUGGAUCUGGCCUUACAGAGUAAGAAUGGACACCUGGACCUUUUCCUCCGCUUCCUUCUGGGCCUCUCACUGGAGUCCAAUCAGAAUCUCUUAAGACCCCUGCUGUCACAGACAAGAAGCCAAUCACAGAGCUCAGAGCAAACAGUCCAGUGUGUCAAACAGAUGAUCAGAGAUCAGAAUAAAUCAGACAGAAAGAUCAACCUGUUCUACUGUCUGAAUGAGCUGAAUCACCAUGCUGUAGUGGAGGACAUUGACAGGAGCUCAGGAACUCUGUGUGUGGACAUGCUCUUACCAGGAGAGUGGGAGACUAAGAGAUUUGAGUUUGAGAUUCCAAAAGAGCAGCUGGAUGAGUUUGACCUGCAGAAGUACAUAAAGACACCAGAGGAAGAUCUGACUGAACUCCUCAGUCCCGAUGAGGUUCUGCAGAAGCUGGUGCCAGUGGUCACAACAUCCACAUCAGCUCGGCUGGAUCGCUGUAACCUGACAGAGAAGAGCUGUUCCUAUCUGACCUCUGCCCUGACCUCACACUCCUCAAGUCUCACACAGCUGAACCUGGAGGGCAAUGAGCUGCUGGGAGACUCAGGAGUGGAACUUUUAUGUUCUGCUCUUUCUCAUCAAAACUGCAAACUGGAGGAACUACAGCUGGAAGAAUGUAACCUGACAGAGAAGAGCUGUUCCUAUCUGGCCUCUGCCCUGACCUCACACUCCUCAAGUCUCACACAGCUGAACCUGGGGGACAAUGAGCUGCUGGGAGACUCAGGAGUAGAACUUUUAUGUUCUGCUCUUUCUCAUCAAAACUGCAAACUGGAGGAACUACAGCUGUAUAACUGUAACCUGACAGAGAAGAGCUGUUCCUAUCUGGCCUCUGCCCUGACCUCACACUCCUCAAGUCUCACACAGCUGGAACUGGGUGGCAAUAACCUGAGUGCAUCAGAUGUUGAGCAGCUCUCUGCUCUAGUGAAUGACCCCCACUAUAAACUGGAGAGACUAAAUUGGUCUUUGUGAGAAGCAGUGUGUAGAGCCAAGACCCUGAGUUGGAUGGGGUCUGUGGUCCAGAAGCUCAUGAAGACAGGGUGGGAUCCAGCACACACACAUCAGCAUCUCUCCUGCAGAAUGUCUGGGGAGGAACAUGAACAUGUUCUCAGCUUCCAGCAGCACACAGCAGACAGCCUCUUCCUGAGGGGAGCACAACAGUGAGAUGAAUGGAGAGUGGAGGCGUGUCCUGAUCAGCCAGAGAUGAUUGACAGCAUGCAGCAUGGACUCAGCAGACAGAGCAGGACCAGUCUCUCUCAAUCAUGUGCACACAUGGAGAUAUGGACUGGGGGGGGAAACUGUAGGAUUAUCCAUAUCUGUUGUAUAAAUAGGCCACCUGGGAUUUGUUAUUGUUUUGUGAUAUAUGUAGCCAUGUGGAGAUAUAGACUAUUAUUGAGAUUGUAUGAAUAUCUUUCAAAACAUGUGUGCUGUCAGUGUGUAGUUAAUGUGCACUGUCCCUUUAAGAGUCUUUGUUUAUCAAUAAUGUCAUCAAAACCUUAUCUUUAGUUCAGGAAGUGUAUUAGUUGAUGGACAAGAAACAAGAAAAAGCCUCAUGUACUUCUGUUAUUGAUAUUAUUACUGUUAUUGAUUGAUAUUGUUACUCAUCUGUUAGAUUUCAUGCCUUUGGAUGCACGGUUGGUAUGUCAGUUUGUGAACAAUAGUCUUAAAACAGAUUUGCUGGCCUUAUUAGUUUGUUUAAUGCAAGAUUUAACUUUGAAUGGGUAAAUUGUUCAUAUUACGUGUGCUGGUAUUAGCAUAAGCUGACCCUUAAUGCAUUAAGUUGGAUGUGAUAAUCCAUUGUCAUCAGUUUAGCUCAAAUACACAUCUUAGUUGAUCAAUGAUAAGGUGCACAGUGGAAUUGCAUAGCGUUGACACACCUUAUACUCAAAUAUCAUUUCAUAUUCAUUUUUAUUGAUGUACUGAAGUUCAUAUACAUGUGUUGGAUUUCUUGUCAUUUUACCCUACUUUCAAAUAAAUAUAUAAGCUUUUAAAUGAA